AAAUGCAACUUUACUAGUAAUUCAACCCAACCCGCUUCUCAAACUCUAGAACCGCAGUUGAGCUACGCAUUUCGUCGAACACUUAACCUGCAAAAAACAGAACGAGAUCAUUGUCAUGGAUAAUCAGAGUGACCUCAUAAAGGAGUUGAGAUCUAAGUUAUCUUCCUUCGAAAACAGAGUAAGGGAAUUGGAAGCAGAGAAUGCGAAAUUAACAUCUAUAGUUUCAAGUUGCACUUGCCGCCACGAGGUGGAAGAAACUCUUGAUACUGAUGUUUCAGACAAAAAUACGUCUGCUAUAAAUUUGGAAAAGUUGAAGUUAGGAAACUGUGUCGGGAUUGGAAAAAGGAAGCCUAAGAAGAAACAAACAGGUUAUAACUUGAACUCCAUGAAUCAUCACUCACAGAGACUCGUCGCUUUGAAAAUUAUGUAUUUUGGGCCGAGGUUCUAUGGUUUUGCAUCAGAAGCGCAGAUGGAUCCAACUGUUGAGUCGGAACUUUUCAAAGCCCUUCAAAAGACAAGACUUGUACUUGGUGAGAGGAAAGAUGUGCUGUAUUCAAGAUGUGGUAGAACCGACAAGGGUGUUUCCUCGGUGGGCCAAGUUGUUGCUUUACUAUUGAGGUCAAAACAUAAGGAACCUGGAGGCGAUACCUCUGAGGAACUUUUAGACGAAGGACCAGAUGAAGGAGAACUGGAUUACGUAAGGAUACUGAAUGGCGUUCUUCCUGAUGAUAUUCGGGUAUUAGGCUGGUGUCAUGCUCCCGUCAAUUUUAGUGCACGGUUUAGUUGUCUGAGUAGGGAAUACAGAUACUUCUUUUGGAGAGAAAACUUGAACAUAUCGGCUAUGGAAAAUUCAUGCAAACGGCUCAUUGGUGAACAUGAUUUCAGAAAUUUUUGUAAGAUGGAUGCGGCAAAUGUGCAUAAUUACAAACGACGUAUAACAUCAUUCGAUAUUUUUCCUUGCAAUGGAAGCGACCAACUCUUGUUUAUGAAAAUCAAAGGCAGUGCUUUCUUGUGGCACCAGGUUCGGUGCAUGGUUGCUGUGUUGUUCUUGGUUGGCCAAGGUCUUGAAUCACCCGAUGUUAUAGAUGUUUUGCUCGAUGUCGACAAGACACCUAGGAAACCUCAGUACAAAAUGGCUCCAGAGGUUCCGCUAGUUUUAUAUUCUUGUGAAUUUGAAGGUCUUUAUUUUAAGUGCUCCUCAGAUGCCAGACGAGCUUUGCAGUUGCAUUUAGAAAAGAAAUGUCGGGGAUACAAACUUCAAGCUGCUAUUUUCCAAGAGGCUCUACUGAGUCUUUCGAGCACCAAAGAUGAUGACAGCGUAACUAAUAUUACAAAAAGGAAAGUUUCUUCUCAUGUUCCUCUUAUGUCACGUCCUACUGAACCAUCUUAUGAUGAGAGGCGCGCGAAGUUGACUUUUUCAGCAGCACCAGCACAACGCGAAUCUGUUGUAACCAAGCAAUAUACGUGAUGCUUGUGAAGGUAAAGCAGCAUUUUCUAUAUGUUUGGUUUUGUAUUUCCAUGUACCAUUUAUUUCUCUGGAUUUUGAUGCUUGUAACUUUAUUUUUAUCGAAGCCAUGGUUUAUUUAACUUGCAUAUGCUUCCCAUGUUUUGAAAACAUACUUUCUGCAUGGGCAACAUGGCUAUACAUUCUUACAGAAUCCAUACAUCGGGGCGAAUGCAUAGUCUUGUUCUUGUACUAGUGUUAAGCAUGGUAGUGUAUAUCUGUUAGCACAAUUUUC